GCGGCCGAGCCGCUGAAGGAACCGAGUCAGCAGGCGGACAGCAGGGGCACGGCUGCUUUCAAACCGAUUGACGACACAGGUGCCGUGCCUUCGUCAGCCUCUGACGAAGAAGGUUGGCAGAGCAAGAUGCCCACCGCACAAUCACAAACCUCCUCCCUCGAGCGCACUGGUAAACCCAAGUCUUUGCAGUACCCAUCAGACCCCUCUGCAAAGGCAAACAUUCAGGCCUCGGAUGGGCAGCAGAAAGAUGAACGGCAAAGGCUUGAGGAACGGGCUCAAGAGCCUGGAGGAACAAGAUCCAGGUGUUCAACUGAAGCCACAGAAAACCGUGGAAUCUUCACAAACCACCACUGCGAACAGGGCAAAGACAGAAAAAAAACCCAUGGCAAAGGAGCCUUCUGAGCGAGUGAGAUUGCCAUUCGGCACGGAGGCAAAGCCGGAUGUCAAGGAACGGAUUCAGGACCUUUUUGAAUGUGACCCAGCCGAUGACAUUCCCGCAGAGCAAGAGAGAUCUCGCAAAGCUUCAGAACCUGGCUCGGCCAUCAAGAAGACGGUGAAGCAAACGAAACCGGCCAAGGGUGAGAGUUUUGAGAAAAAGAGUUUACCAGCAAAUGAUGAAAACCUUUUCGAUUUCAACACGAGCGUGCAGCUGCCCGAUGUUUCCUCGAUCAAACCGCGUUCACAAACUUCUUCAGAACUUGAAUCUCCCAAAGGGAAACCUGAGAGAGCAGAAAAGCCAGUGGCAAAGGACAACUUGGAGAAAGACUUGAAGCCAAGAAGAGUGGGCCCGCUUAGUUUUAAGACCAGGGUGCAUCAGCGCGUGGAGACGAGUUCCAGCUCGCCGUCGAAUCGAAGGCCAGUGCAGGGCGAAACAACUGGGGCACCAAUUGCGGAGGAACCUACUCCGGUGAAAAAAUUGGAGAAGCCCAGCAGGCUGAUCGAAAAAGACCCAUGGAAAAAUGAAAGCCCCGAGGAGCUGCAGAGCUUUGAAGCACGUGGAAAGAAACUUGUUGAAAGCAAUAAACUCGUUCCGGAGAAGCCUUUUGAGAGUUUGAAGAUCCCGCUGGAAGUGGAGGCGCGACGGGAGUUUAAGAUGAAGGUUCAGGAACUCGUUAAAAAUGACCCGCCUGUUGUCGAACCUCGAAAAGAGAAGACUCCAGCGAAAGCGGUGGUAGAAAAGAAAAGAGUCCCACACCGAAAAGAUGAGGAUCUUCUUGAUUUCGACAGCAGUGAGCAGGAGCCUGAAGAAGAACAGCCCACAGCAGCAGCCAGCCCUCCAACGCAAACUGAACCUCAGGACGUCCCCAAUAAAACCAAGACGACAGAUAAACCCAUUUCAGAGAAGCCUUUUGAGAGUUUGAAGAUCCCGCUGGAAGUGGAGGCGCGACGGGAGUUUAAGAUGAAGGUACAGGAACUCAUUAAAAAUGACCCGCCCGUUGUCGAACCCCGAAAAGAGAAGACUCCAGCGAAAGCUGUGGUAGAUAAGAAAAGAGUCCCACAGCGAAAAGAUGAGGAUCUUCUUGAUUUUGACAGCAGUGAGCAGGAGCCUGAAGAAGAACAGCCCACAGUAGCAGUCAGCCCUCCAACGCAAACUGAACCGGAGGACGUCCCAAAAAAAGCCAAGAUGACAGAAAAACCCGUUAAGGAGAAGCCUUUUGAGAGUUUGAAGAUCCCGCUGGAAGUGGAGGCGCGACGGGAGUUUAAGAUGAAGGUUCAGGAGCUCGUUAAAAAUGACCCACCCGUUGUCGAACCUCGAAAAGAAAAGACUCCAGCGAAAGCGGUGGUAGAAAAGAAAAGAGUCCCACAGCGAAAAGAUGAGGAUCUUCUUGAUUUCGACAGCAGUGAGCAGGAGCCCGAAAAAGAACAGCCCACAGUAGCUGCCAGCCCUCCAACGCAAACUGAACCUGAGGACGUCCCCAAGAAAGCCAAGACGACAGAUAAACCCGUUAAGGAGAAGCCUUUUGAGAGUUUGAAGAUCCCACUGGAAGUGGAGGCGCGACGGGAGUUUAAGAUGAAGGUUCAGGAGCUCGUUAAAAAUGACCCACCCGUUGUCGAACCUCGAAAAGAAAAGACUCCAGCGAAACCGGUGGUAGAAAAGAAAAGAGUCCCACAGCGAAAAGAUGAGGAUCUUCUUGAUUUCGACAGCAGUGAGCAGGAGCCAGAAAAAGAACAGCCCACAGUAGCAGCCAGCCCUCCAACGCAAACUGAACCUGAGAACGUCCCCAAAAAAGCCAAGAUGACAGAUAAACCCGUUAAGGAGAAGCCUUUUGAGAGUUUGAAGAUCCCGCUGGAAGUGGAGGCGCGACGGGAGUUUAAGAUGAAGGUUCAGGAGCUCGUUAAAAAUGACCCACCCGUUGUCAAACCUCGAAAAGAAAAGACUCCAGCGAAACCGGUGGUAGAAAAGAAAAGAGUCCCACAGCGAAAAGAUGAGGAUCUUCUUGAUUUCGACAGCAGUGAGCAGGAGCCAGAAAAAGAACAGCCCACAGUAGCAGCCAGCCCUCCAACGCAAACUGAACCUGAGAACGUCCCCAAAAAAGCCAAUAUGACAGAAAAACCCGUUAAGGAGAAGCCUUUUGAGAGUCUGAAGAUCCCGCUGGAAGUGGAGGCGCGACGGGAGUUUAAAAUGAAGGUUCAGGAGCUCGUUAAAAAUGACCCGCCUGUUGUCGAACCCCGAAAAGAGAAGACUCCAGCGAAACCAGUGGUAGAAAAGAAACGAGUCCCACAGCGAAAAGACGAGGAUGUUCUUGAUUUUGACAGCAGUGAGCAGGAGCCUGAAGAAGAAAAGCCCACAGCAGCAGCCAGCCCUCCAACGCAAACUGAACCUCAGGACAUCCCCAAGAAAGCCAAGACGACAGAUAAACCCGUUCCGGAGAAGCCUUUUGAGAGUUUUAAGAUCCCGCUGGAAGUUGAGGCGCGACGGGAGUUUAAGAUGAAGGUUCAGGAGCUCGUUAAAAAUGACCCGCCUGUUGUCGAACCCCGAAAAGAGAAGACUCCAGCGAAACCGGUGGUCGAUAAGAAACGAGUCCCACAGCGAAAAGACGAGGAUAUUCUUGAUUUCGACAGCAGUGAGCAGGAGCCCGAAGAAGAACAGCCCACAGGAUCAGCCAGCCCUCCAACGCAAGUUAAAGAUGUUCUAAAAGACAGUGAUAAUACCUACAAUAAGAAACAUCCUGACAGACCGCAGGACUUGAAUAAGAGAGAUCCAUUUGCAGAAGCUGAACAAGAGGUCGAAUUGGAGCAGUCGCAUUCUCCUCCGGUCGAGGCAUCUGAUCUAUUUUUGAAAAUGAAAGACUUACCGAAGGGUCGAAGGUUACCAGACAAGACCAGACAAGAUCCAGAGGACGAUUCAGAAAAGCAUAACAUCCAGUUAUUAAAGGGCAGGCCACAUGAGUUGACACGCAUAAAUUCUGAUGACGAUUCAUUCGAGAAACCUUCCAAAAUCCAGUCCAAAGAUGUCCGCGAAGCACCGCCUCAGCCUCCACGCAGACCCGUGGAGAAAAGAAAGGAGAAGGCAGCCAUACCACCAAAAAGUUCAGAUGAGGAGUCGCUUCCUCAACGUGCCAAGGAGCAGGUGAAGCACGGUCACAAGGCAGCCGAUCCUCACGCGUUGAGCGAAGAGGACAAAGAACCGCCCUCCCCGGUCCCGGAAAAGCGGCGACCGAAGGAACCAUCUUCUGCGGACGUUACGGUAGCUCCGAAUCGGCCACAAGGCCGUCAAAAGAGCCUGCCAGAGACCACUGAUCAGGAGGCCACGUGGUCGGACGAUCCUGAGGUUGGACAAAUGAGCCGUAAGGAAGAAGCGGGUUCCGCCAAUGCCGAGCUUUCCCAGUCGACUCCAGCAAUCUACGCAGAAAUAAAUCCUGCGGAAAAAGCGUCUUCAAAGAAACGACCCCACAUGGAACUCAUGAGCAAGCAAAGUAAAGAGAACAUUUAUGAAGAUCCACAGGGGGAGGAUGAUGAUGAAGUGCCCUCUUUGCCUCCAAGACAAGGCAAAUUAGCAGGAAGGAACCCAAGUCUGGAUGUAAAAGAAGUAGUGGCAAGAAGCGCUGUGUCGCCGCAAGUCGAGAGAUGGCUGGAGGAUGCCACCGCAGCAGCUACGCUCCCAGCGGCCGUGAGGUCCGCGAGGGCGGGGGAGCUCACGGACGCGGAGAGGAAAAAGCAGAUGAGCAGAUCGGUGCCGGUUCUCACCGUGUCCGGGGAGGAAGGUGAACAAGGAAUAGAUAUUGAUUCGGAAGACAGUGGCUCCUUCAAGCUGAGAAGAGCUCCCAGUGAUAUCAGCUCUAUCAGCGGAAGCAUGAUGAGCCUGUACAGCGACGCCGGGGACUACGGAAACGUGGACGUUAAGGGGGAGGUGAACUUCGCCCUCAAGUACGACGACCGCCGCAGCGAGCUGCAUGUCUGCGUGGCACAGUGCCGGGACCUGGCGGCCGCUGUCGCGAAGAAGGGGCGCUCGGACCCGUAUGUGAAGACGUACCUCCUGCCAGACAAGUCCAGGCAGAGCAAGAAAAAAACGAACGUGCGCAAAAACAACCUCAACCCCGUUUACAACGAGAUCCUCAAGUACAAGAUUCCGGCGCGCGAGUUGCAGUCUCGCGUGCUCAACCUGUCCGUGUGGCACAAUGACAAGUUCGGAAAGAACAGCUUCCUGGGCGAGGUGGAGAUGGAGCUGUCCACCUGGGACUGGGGAAACACCGCCUACAACUGGUUUGACCUGCAGCCCAGGGUGCACAUUUCUCAAGAAGAUCUAACGAGCAGGGGCUAUCUGAACCUGGCCCUGAAAUUCAUUCCGGCCAACUCUGUGGGGCAAUUCACGCCGGCGAGCGGGGAGAUUCAUAUUUGGGUCAAGGAGGCCAAGAACCUGCUGCCCCUGAAGCCGCACGGGGUGGACGCAUUUGUCAAGUGCUACAUCCUGCCAGACCUGAGCCGCAAGAGCCGCCAGAAGACGCGCACCGUAAAGAAGUCCAUGAACCCCGUGUUCAACCACACGAUGGUAUACGACGGCUUCCAGGACGAGGACAUGCGCGAGGCGUGCGUGGAGCUCACCGUGUGGGACCAGGAGACGUUCUCCAACCAGUUCCUGGGCGGCCUGAGGCUCGGCCUCGGCGGGGGGAUGAGCUACGGCAAGCCGGUCGACUGGAUGGACUCACGAGAAGGAGAGGUGGCGGUGUGGCACAACAUGAUAACGCGUCCCGGCGAGUGGACAGAAGCCCUUCUCCCGCUGCGACCAGACAUGGUCAAGUCUAAGGCUAAGAAAUGAGUGGGAGGGGGGGGGGGUGUACCCUGUGCACUCAUCUCCCUGUGGAGAGGGUCAAACUGGACUCAAGUUCUGGCACAGUGCACUGGAAACCUAACAAUUACACCGGCUCGUAACGAGAUUACGCAAAACAGCAAUGGAUCUGUGGGGGCGCGGUGCAUUGCCACCGUUGUUUUUUUGUUCUGCCAGUAAAUUGCAUCGUUCUACAGUUUUUUAAAUGUGCAGGACUGUUUUUUUUGUCCAUUUAACCAAUUAUUUUAAGUUUGUUCAGAUAUCCUAGAAAAUGUAAACUACGCCCCGACGUUAAUGGGGGAAAAAAACAAAGAAAUCAUAAAGUAAAAAAAUAUUCCAGGCUUAAAGCGGCAAUCUAAGUGAGCCUUUGUGUUAAAAA